AUGUUCUUGGAUGCUGUUGUCGAAAACGGGGUUCCUUCACAUGGCUCGUCUGUCUUCAACACUCGAAUUGAGCGGCUGUGGGUCGAGGUGGGGCAGCAAUUCGCCUGCCAAUGGUGUGUGUUCUUCCUGCAGCUCGAGCGUGAUCACCAGCUAGACUGCACAGACCCCACCCACCUCUGGUUGGUCCAGCACCUGUUCCUGGCUGCAAUCAACGACGAUUGCACUCAAUUCAAACACACUUGGAAUGUGCAUCCCAUCUCAGGUGAAGGGCACCACAAUUCCCCAAAUGUGCUCGAGUUCCUGGGUAUGCUCGAUGCUGGAUAUUACGACGAGUGUGAAGGCCUUACCCUUGAAGAAAUCACAGAGUAUUAUGGUUGCUAUGGCGGUACAGUCCUUGGUGGCCCAGACGAGGGCAGUGCAGAGGAGGAAGUGGACUCAGACAGCAAUGACGACUCAGCGAGGGGUGGCGACUUGGCAAGCAUGGAUGAAGAAGAGGAUGACGAACAGCGGAAGCCCAUGGACAUAAGCGACGAGGAUCAGCAGUCAGGGUCAAGUGAGAGAGAUUCAGAUGCCAUUUCUGGGGAUGAAGACCGCCCGAUGGAUGAAGGUGGUGACCAGGACGAUGGGCAGGAUGAUCUCGAUGCAGAGGGGGAAGUACUCAUGGAUUUGGACGAUUUUCCAGAUGGCCUACCACCUGAGCAGGAACCGGACUUAGAUGCAAUAAUUCACGAAGAGAGUUGA